AGGGAGUUGGCUGAGGUCUGCCUACCCUUCCCUUUCCGCAGUCCCUUCGCGACGGCCAUUUUGGUCUUCACCCACACACAUCACUUUCAUUUGCUGGUCCAAUUAUUGGCACAGCCGCACGUCACGAUCACUUUUCGCUGAGUCUCUCGCUCGUCUCCAGCACGCAAGCCACUGCCAGUUACACCUCUAGACUUUGGCAGAGCUGUGUAUUUUUCCGAAAUUCUUUUCUACGCAAACGAUUCUUUCUCCUUAACGUCGUAUAGAGGACUUGCUUUGCUAGUAAGCUUAAAGAAAAUCCCUUUUCUUUAGAUCGACUACCUGAUUUUCACUCCUGAAACUUAGCUAUACUCAUCGAGACGACACAGUAUGGGCGUGUCAACCAAUCCGUACGCCACGGAGCUUCACACCGCCGUUCUUUCCGGUCGGAUCCUCUCCGUCCGUCGAUUUCUCGAUCGCGGCGCGCGGGUGACGGCGCGCGACAAGAUCGACCGCACGCCGCUGCACUGGGCGGUCGCCGCCGGCCUCGAAGACAUCGCCAAGGUCCUCCUUAUAAGCACUCCCCCGCGCUCGUUAAAAGCCGGCGAUAAGUACGGCCGAACCGUCCUCCACUACGCUGCAGCGUCGGGAAACGUCUCUCUCGCGCGCGUGAUGAUCAACCGCGGCGCGGCGGUGAGCGCGGAAGAUCGACGGUUGGUAACGCCGCUCCAUCUGGCGGCGGAGCAGGUGAAUCCCGAGAUGGUGCAGCUGCUGCUGGGGCACGGGGCGGCGUGCGCGGCGCAGGACGCGGAAGGGCGCACGCCGCGGGGUUUUGCGGAGCGGGUGGGCAGCGCGGACUGCGCGCGGUUGCUGCGUGAGGCGGAAGCGCGGGUGACGGAUCGUUCGCUCCGGGAAGCGGAAGCGCGGGUGGCGGAAGCGGGUGUGGCGGAAGCGGGGGUGGCGGAAGCGGGUGUGGCGGAAGCGGGGGUGGCGGAAGCGGGGGUGGCGGAAGCGGGGGUGGCGGAAGCGGGGGUGGCGGGAGGUUUGGCGGCGGAACGUGCAGCAGCGAUGGCGGUAUCGAGCGCGGCAGGUCGUGGCAGCUCGCGCUCUAGCUCGCACCUUGGCGCUCUGUCAACGGAAGCAGAUGGGAGGAUGAAGGAGAACGUCAGUGUUAGGGACCUCUGUGCCUUAGGUGGUGCAUGGGAAUGCAAGUCCGAGAAGCUCUCGACGCCAGGCGCGGGCUUGGCCGCCGCUACUCUGCCUGCCGGCUCCAGCGGUCCAUUGCAGCCCUUAGGUAACCGCGCAAACGCCUCUGCCGCUGAUACGGCUCUGCAACGCAACGGACCGGCAGCAGAUACGCUGACAGCAGCAGCAGCAGAGGAAGGUGGGGCGGCGCAGCAGCAUGGAGGGUUCGUGGCCUGGGACGCGGAGGAGAGGCGAUUGGGUGCAGGCGAGAGUUACACAGAGGCCGGAUUCCGCAUUGCUGUGCCACCAUAUGCUGGGAGGGCGGGCGCUGGGGAGGUGGGGUUCACCAGGAGCGGAUUUGGAGGGGCACGGUGUGCGGAGAAGCCGAGAUCGGGGUGGGAUGAAGCCUGGGGCGUGCUGGGGCUGCUUGGGGCGUUCUGAGAUCGUUCUGAUGUUGUUCUGAGGUCGUUCUAAGGUCCAGGCUAGCCAUACUGAGAUGGGAGGGGCGGUUUGGGGUUACCUGGGGAUGGGAUUACCAGGGGAUGGGAUUCUAGGGAGAUGCUUGCAGUCAACCAUAUAUACAUUCAAGCUUCCUGGUGGGGCUUGCAAUAAGGGAGACGCAAUGCAGGGGGACGUCAUGGUACGUGCCUGUCUGGGGCUAUUGCCAGCAGGGUACGAAGUUGGUACUAGGUACCAACCAACCCACCACUACCGGGUGCUGCUGUUAGCAACUUGUUGACAUGAAGCUUCUUAAACGAUAAUGCAACUUGUCUGUACAUACUCUUGUGUAAGGAAGCUUUAAAGUGGUUGGACC